AACCGAUGGAGAAUGGUGCGAUGCAUUGAAUACCACAACCAGAUAUUAGGGUUUGUUGAUCGUUUAAACGACUGCUUUUCUACUGCAAUGUUUGGACAUCUUGCUAUAACAUCGACAAUUUGCGGAUGCAUUGCAAAACAAUUUGUUGUUGGAGUUAAUAGACUUUGUGCUGCCAUUCAUUUUUCAGGCUGGAUAGUGGCUUUAUUCGUUGCAUGUUUAGGGGGUCAAUUGCUUCUAGAUGCAAAUUACACCGUUUCUAAUGCAAUAUGGUCGUCGAUAUGGUACAAAGCAGAUGUAAAACUAAGAAAAGAUUUACUUUUUAUGUUGGUGAGAUCACAAAGAGAAUUUCAUUUAACAGUUGGAUCUUUUGGUGUUCUCUCUUUUGCGCUGUUUGUGAAUGUAUGUUAAUGAGUGAAUGAAAUUUGCUA